CUUGAGUGCUCUCUGCACCAUGCAAGCCAAGUAUGGGUCCAUCCUUUACAACACUGUCGGCGUACUACCCUUCGGGCUCAUGUCAGCUGAGAUGCUGCCCGAGGUCUGGAAAGGCAUCGCGACGGAGACAUGCAAAACGGGCUUCGGCGGCGGCAAGACGUGCACCGAGGCGCUCGAGUUUACGGUGGGCAAGGUCUAUCUGCAGGUGAUCUGCGGUUCGGCGCUAUUCUACGCGAUGCACCUACUGCUCGAGGGCAAGAGCGCUCUGCUGGCGAGCAUGGCGAUGCUCAUCGGGACGAUGGGAAAGCACAUCCUCGUCGAUGACCUCAUGCCGCCGCCGCCGGUGAUGGCGAUGGUCGCGCUGACCGUCGCCCUGAUCCUCCUCGCGCCGGCCGCGUGGGGCAGGCGCGCGUACAUCGGCUUCUGCGUCGUGAACGCCGCGACCUUCCUCCUCGACCCACUCACGGUGAUCACAGACAGCUUCCCGGCGGUCGAGGCAGGCUCGCCCGCGGCGGAGAUCGGCACGUUCGAGUUUGAGGUGGUUGCGCUCUACUUCCUGUGUGCGGCCGUCACCGUCGCCUCUCCGUCGAAGGCGUACGGCCUCGCGUACUCUUGCCAGAUGGGCUGCGCCCUGCUCCUCAAGCACAUCCUCGUCAACAAGUCGGGCCCGCCGGCGCCGAUGGUCGCGCUGUACGCCGUCACGUCGAUGGGCGCGUGGUACGAGGUCGGCUGGGCGGACUUCCCGAAGCCGCUCGAGGAGGCGAUGCAGGCGGGGCCGAUCGUGCUCCACGGCCUCAUCGUCUUCUUCUUCUUCGUGCCCUACUUCGCCCUCGAGACCGUCGGCAUCUCGCUCCCGUACGUCGGCCUCGCACACGUCGACGAGUCGUACACGCACGGCGGCUCGACCCUGCUCAUGACCGGCAUGCUCGCAAUCUUCUCCGCGAUGACCUCGUACGACGAGAUGGCCGGCUGCACGAGCGCAAAGAUGUUCGCCGCCCACCACUACUUCCUCUCGCUCGUCGUCUUCUUCUGGCAGGUGCAGCCUACCACCACCGCCUUCGGCGCCGCCUUCGGCUCCGUGCCCCACCUCUUCACGGCGUGGACCUGCUACCUCGUCCUCUCCAAGACCAAGCAGGACUGAGGAUCCGCGCGGCGACCAGUCGCACCCCAUGCCGGUGUCAGGCGAGUUCGGUAAGACUCUGGGCGAGCCUGCUGCCCGCGCGGGGUCUCCUAUACUCCCGUACAAGUGCGGAUGUACCAGUAGUCUCGCAUGUCCAUGUGUCGCAGGGGGGGAGCAGGGGUGGGGAGGAGGCGGGAGAGGUGGUGGUGCGCGCUACACUGCACACAGUGACUGCGAAGGGCCAUGAGCAUGAUUCAGCAUGUGCGACUCGCAGCGAGGCGGCACAGCCGAGCCUCGCCCGAGCGAGAGAAGAAAAACUUG